CUCGAGAGUCCGGGUGGAAACGAGGCAGGAGCAGCCAGUGUUUUGUCCUGGGCGCGCGCUGACUCGGGAUUUCUAGACAGAGGAAAAAAGUUCAUCUGAAAAAGCUGUUCUGCCCGGAGCAGCGCUCGGUUGGGAGAGGAACGAGUCGCCUUUCGACCCGAGCCCGCUGAUGAUGCCCCCUCCCAGCCAUUAACAUCAAACACACACAUACACACACACACACACAUACACACACAUACACACACAGUACACUCUCUCACAGACACACACCCACCCACAGCAGCCAUGAAUGAGGAGGUGGUCGGGGAGGUGUACGUGGAGGUGGAGUACGACUACUCGUACGAGUGCAAGGAACGCACCAUCAGCAUCCGGCAGGGCGAACGCUACCUGCUGGUGCGGCGCACCAACGACGACUGGUGGCAGGUGCGGGCGCAGGCGGGCAGCCGAGCCUUCUACGUGCCCGCGCAGUACGUGCGGCCGGUCAAGCGGGCGCUGCUGCCGCCGCCGCCCUGCAAGCCCUCCGUGCUUCCGCUCACACACUCCCACCAGAACACACACGCGCACACGUCGUCGUCGUCGUCGGCGGCGGCGUCGUCGCUCGCUCACGGGCAGGAGAGCGGCGGGCGCGGGAAGUGGCACGUGCCCGCGGCGGACAACUCCACGCGGCCGUCGCCGACGAACACCCCCUCGCCGUCGCCCGGGCAGCUGACCCCGCCGGCCGUCGUCUCGGCCGGGCUGGACGGCAACUGGAACCAGGCGGCGGGCGGGGGAGGGACGAGACAAGGCGGCGGCAUCGGCGGCAGCAACAACAACAACCACGUCAAUCACCGCGGCAACGCCACGCUGCCCAGGGGGAGGGCCGAGUCGCCGCCGCCCAGGCAGCCGGCCGACGCCCACGGAGGAGGGUUGCCGUCGGAGACGGAGGCGGACGGCGAGUCGCCGGGGGAACGGAGCCUGAGCGUGAGCGGGAGCGGGAGCAUGCGCAACGACUCGGAGUCGGGGGACGACCUCAGCAGCUCUUCUACGGAGCACCUGCAGGCGGUGUCCCCGUCGGUGCGUUGUGAGUCUCCGGUCUACACCAACCUGCGUGAGCUGCAGGCGUCCCAGGUGUGCCUGGCCCCGCCCCCGCGCGGCUCCUCCCCCCUGCACACGCACGGCGCCUGGGAGACGCACCGGCACACCAGCGGCCGCUUCUACUACCACAACACACACACACACGCCACCACCUGGAAACCGCCGCGCAGCCGCACCGAGCCGCCCAGCAGCGCCGACAUGGAGUCGGAGGAGAACAGUCUCAGCACCUACUCCAGCCAGUCGGACAGCCAGUAUGGGUCGCCCCCUAGAGGCUGGUCAGAGGAGUUGGACGAGCACGGCCACACACUCUACGUGUGCGAGUACACCAAUGAAAAGUGGAUGAAGCAUGUGGAUGAUCAGGGACGACCGUACUACUACAGUGCAGAUGGCUCCCGCUCGGAGUGGGAGCUGCCUAAAUACUCACUCUCUCCUCCAGCCCCCUGUGAGGUGCAGAAGUCCCGCAGUCUGGAGCGGAAGCAGCCGGAGCCCAUCGUCCUCACCAAGUGGAGGCACAGCACCUACCUCCUGGAGCUCACUGAUAAGCUGUCAGUCCAAAAGAGGAGGUUCAGCACAAAUACUCUGGGCCUAUCACUGUGCAGCCAGCAAGAGAGUGGCAACGCUCCCAAACAGAAUUCUCCAGACUCGGACUCCUGUCCAUCCUCCCCAAAGCACGCAUCCUCACCCUCAGAGAAGUGUGGGGUUCUCAACGUCACCAAAAUUACGGAGAAUGGCAAGAAAGUCCGGAAGAACUGGGCCUCCACAUGGACUGUGCUGCAAGGCUCCUCUCUGCUCUUUGCAAAAGGACAAACUGGAACGAGCUGGUCUCUCUAUUCCACCAGCUCUUUCCCUGAGCUGAUCCUUUCGCUGAUAAGCAACUGGACGCGUUCAAUCAAGCCCCGCCCCGCUGUCUCCUAUGUCCAAUCAGGGCGCGUCCAAGCUGCCUCUAAGUUUGGUGGUGGUCAGUCAAAGCCGGAGUUCAGUGUGGACCUGAGAGGAGGCUCAGUGGACUGGGCCUCUAAAGACAAGUCCAGCAAGAAGCACGUCAUCGAGCUGAAGACUCGUCAGGGCACUGAGCUGCUGAUCCAGUCUGAGAUCGACAGCGUCAUCAACGACUGGUUCAGGGCACUCUGUGAGACGGUCAACACACAUGCCUGGGAGUCUGAUGAGGCCAUUGAGGAGGACAUGCCUGAGUCCCCCACUGAGAAGCAUGACAAGGAGAAGGACCACCGAGACUCCAAGAAGAACAGAGGCUCUAAGGGUUCUGUGAGUGUGGAUGCGGAACAGAAGAAGACCCGUGUCAAACUGAAGAAGUUCCUCACACGCAGACCAACGCUCCAGGCUGUCCGAGACAAGGGAUACAUCAAAGACCAAGUGUUUGGCUGCAGUCUGAGCAGCCUGUGCCAGAGGGAGAACUCCACCGUGCCCAGCUUUGUGAGGAUGUGCAUCGAUCACGUGGAGAAAACAGGGUUGAGUAUUGAUGGCUUGUACAGAGUGAGUGGGAACUUGGCAGUCAUUCAGAAGCUUCGCUUUGCCAUCAAUCAUGAUGAGACGGUGGAGCUGGAUGACAGCAAGUGGGAGGACAUCCAUGUCACCACAGGAGCUCUCAAGAUGUUUUUCCGCGAGCUUCCGGAACCCCUGUUCACCUACGCCUCCUUCAACGACUUUGUCAACGCCAUCAAGUCUCCAGACUACCAGCAGAGGGUGGGCUCAGUGAGGGAUCUCAUCAGGCAGCUGCCACGCCCCAAUCAGGACACCAUGCAGACUCUCUUUAAACACCUCAAACGAGUGAUUGAUCACGGCGAUGAGAACCGGAUGACGUCCCAGAGCGUGGCCAUCGUGUUCGGCCCCACGCUGCUGCGGCCCGAGGCCGAGUCCGGCAACAUGGCGGUCCACAUGGUCUACCAGAACCAGAUCGUGGAGCUGGUCCUCCUGGAGCAAGAGUCCAUUUUCGGCAGGUAGACCGGACCGGACAUCAACUCAGCCCAACCCACCCCUCCCACCACCAAAGACCUGGACCAUCAUCUCCCCCCCCCCUCUCCCUCUCUGUCCAUCUCGCACAAUCCAGACCAGAAGGAGGGGGAGAGACGCCAGCUUCCUGCUUCCUGCUACCUGCUUUCUACUUCCUGUUUGGAGCUUCUCAGCCAAUCCACACCAUGCACGGCCUGUGGAAACAGAGGAAGACUGUUGCUAUUAACAAGCAUUAACGAGCAUUAAUGACUGCAUCUAACGAGGCGCAGCGAUUAUGCCUCUUCGCCUGCACUUAAAACGUGUGGACCCGAUGAAUGGACAGAUUUCAUGCUGUGUGUGCGUGAGCGUGUGUGUGUGUGAGUGUGUGUGUGUGUGUGUGCGUGCAUGAGCGUGUGUGUGGUGAAGGAUAGAUCUGAAGGAGUGUGUGUGUGAAAGAGAAUGUGUGUGUGUGUGUGUGUGUGUAUUUGUGUGCUCACCUUGAAUCCAGGGCACACACAGCCAACACUGGACUCCUGUGGCCAGUACUGGUGAUACAGUAUAUAUCUAUAAGUGGGACUUUCACAAAGCAGUGAUUCAUGGGACAUGUAGUUUUUUUUCCUCUUCCUUGUGGAACUGGAAGGUGUGUUGAGCCCCAGGUGACUACAGGGCGGCUGUGGGACUGAGGCACUCACUAGUCACCAAAGGCUCACACGUAAGCAGUGUUAUUGGUGGACCUCAGCGCCAGAUCUGUACAGGGUUACACUGAUUGUGGUGUGUCUGUGUGUCUGUCUGUCAGUGUCUGUGUGUGUGUGUGUGUGUGUGUGUGUGUGUGUUUCACUUGUUACUGCACUCUCCCUUGCCUAAGAACUGCACCCCAUUCGUGUUGGGUAAUAAAUGAAGUAUGUGUGUGUGUGAGAGAAGUGUGUGUGUGUGAGAGAGAGAAAGAGAGAGUGUGUGUGUGUAUAUGUAUAUGUGUAAAGCACAGAGGUGAGUGGAACGUAACGGCUUGCUAAAAAAUUAAUGAGUGAAAUGAUUAAUGAGUAAAUAUAAGCUCUGUCAGGGACGCCAGUGUUUGUCCAGAAGUCUACGUUUGUAGUUUGAUGUGGUGCAGAGUCUACAGUGACCUCGUCCCUGUGUGUGUGUGUGUGUGUGUUUGUGUGUGUGUGUGUGUGUGUGUGUGUGGACCUAGUCUGACCCCCAACACACCCCUUCAUGCUUUGCUCCCUGGUGGGUCCCCCCCCCAUCCCCCUUUCUUUUUUCCUUUUCUUUUCUCUCCUCUCAUUUAAUUCUUCCUGGGGCUCUUCCUCUCUUCACCCUUUCCGUCUCGUACUCCAGAGGAACAGGGAAAAUACAUUUAAGCUGCUGAUUGUUCUUCUGAUGCCAUCUCUUCACUCAUUCUCUCAUUUCCCCCUCUUUGUCCUCUCCCUUUUCCACCUUUCUUUCUUUCUUUCUUUUUCCCCUCCUUUCAAGCCUGUCUCUAUCCCCCUCUCCUUUUCCUCCACUCGAACGCUGAUGAGGUGAAGCUGAUGUUUUGUGUUUGUACCUCAUUGGAAAGGAGCAUAAAGUCUAUUUGUGUGUGCGUGUCUGUGUCUGUGUGUGUGUGUGUGUGUGUGUGUGUGUGUGUGUGUGUGUGUGUGUAUGUGUCCACUAGAGAGUGAUGGGACUGUGACUGAUGGUAUUUCGGUUUCAGACUGCUGAAGAGAGAGAGUGUGAGCGUGUGUGUGUGUGCGUGUGUGUGUGUGUGUGUGUGUGUGUGCGCGUAGUGCAGUGAUGGCCUGCACUCUCUGAAUCUAACUGCUGUCUGUGACGUUGCCAUGUCUAAUUGCUAUUAAAGAAAUAAG